ACCUCAGUUCUCAUGAAAAAAAAGAACUGGAUUUUCACAUCUGAUGCACCCAGGGACCCGGACAGUGUGUCUCUCUGUAGUAUCAUAAAGGAUUACAUCAUGCUGAUAAGUUAAGCAAUGAACGCCCUAGAAACCUGAGCUGGCAUCUGAAUUGCCUUGUUUGCAUUGUCUAAUGCUUUUGAGUGAGUUGGUGUCCAACUGUUGCUAUAGCUACCAUGGGAGAGCUUUUAGUAAAGACAACAAACCAGUGGAGAGCAGCAUGGCAGUGACUGACUGAGGAGACUGAGCAGAGAGGCUGACUGUGUGUACUUCAUUAUCCACCUCUUAAGGAACAGAACGGGGUGACAGACUGAGAUCAGGCCACAGGUUUCAGGAGGUGAAGAUAAGACAUGCCAGUGGGGAUGCUGAGUGACUUUGAUGAACAAUGUCGAUGCAGAAGCAGCUGUCUGUCAGGGAUGACUGUCGCCCCAUCACCGCUCUGGGGUACCACCCUGCACGGAGGGAGGCACUGACAGGCUGCGCAGAUGGAGUUAUUAAAUGGUGGGAUAUAGAGAGCGGGAGGAGAACAGCCAGCUCCACUAAGGAGCAUUCUGGAAUGAUCACACACUUCCUGUACUGGGCGGACUCCAAACUUCUCCUCUCCGCCUCAAACGAUGGGACAGUGGUAGUGUGGACCAUCGGGGCCACCGUACUCGAGAAGAUACUGCUGGGCCGACCCGUUUUCUCCAUGGCGAUCAGUCACAGGCGCCACCAGCUGGUGUGCGGUUUUGCAGGGCGCGUCACAGUCUACCCGCUGGACGAGAAGAAGGGGAUCCGUACUGCAAAGAGCUCCAGCGAUCACAGACACAGCGAUAUUGUCUCCUGCAUCGUGUGCCACGACAGCCAGGUUUACACCGCCGGCUAUGACAGAAAGUUAAUCAUCUUUGACACCAGCUCGUACCCCAAUGUGAAGGGCCUGACAGCAGUACACUGCAUCUCGAGAGCUCACGAGGCAGGGAUCACUGCCCUAGCUCUGGUCAAGGAGAAAGAGAGCACACGUUUGUUGACAGGUUCCUUUGACAAGACUGUGCGUGUGUGGUCUCAAGAUGGACAGCUGAUUCAGAGGCUGAGUUUUUCUGGGGUGAUCACUGGGCUGUGUUACGUACCCUGUGUCAAUAUGGUCUGGAUUGCCAGUGAAAUGCCGGUCGCAACAUUGUAUGAUCCCAAAUCUGGAGAGAUUGUGUCUGACUUUAUUGAUACUUUCCAAAACAUUGAAGGCGGGCCUAAUCUUGAACGGCUCAUGUACAUACCAGAAACCAGCUCUGUUAUUGGCUCUGCCGGUCAACGUCAUGUGAUGGUCUGGAGAUACAACAAGACUGGGUGUGUCACAGUCCUUAAGAACAGACAGCCAACAGAGUGUCUGGCCUAUACCAUGAAAAAGCCUAUUCUCCUGUUCAGUGGCCAUGGCGAUGGGACUUUGCUAAAAUGGGAAAGGUUCAACUCCUCCCACUUCCUCUAUAGUAAAGAGCUCUUCAAUGUGUUUGAAACACCUCCGCAAGGCAGAGGGAGCCGGACGAGUUCCAGAGCAGACUCUAGCACUGUUUCUAAUGAAAUGAAGCGCAGAGGAACCUCAAUGAGGAGGUGCACAAGAAGCAAUGAGAGUGUUCCUCCAGCUCCAGGGGGCAAGACUGCAGGUUUUACAAGGAGUGUGUUUGUGGAGGAGCUGGAUCUGCUGGCCCUCUCCUCUGAGAAUGGAAGUGUUUACCUCUGGGGCUUCGACGAUUCUCUCUCCAGCCUUCUCAGGAUGAUGCCGUCCCAGACUGAGAUCGACUCAGACCCAGCAAAGAGGUUUGAGUUACUGUUGGACCGAGCCGGUGGGUCACGGGACAGCACUACGACUGAAGAGGAACGCGUUUCAGACUCUGUAACAAACCGGGUCUCAGGGUUUAUUUGCAAGAAGGUUUUGGCAGGACACUUUCACACUGUCUCUGGGCUUGCUGUGGUAGGGAAAGGAAGUAUAUACAGUACUGUAUACUUGAUCAGCGGGGGCUGGGACAGGAGACUGUGCAUCUGGGAUUUAGAGACUGGUGAACUACAGGACACCUUCUGCAAUCCGGAUCUCAGUGGUUGGCAUGAACUGAAGGAGGUGGCGUGUGAUGGAGUCAUUUUAGACCUGGCCUAUUCUCCAAAGAGAAACGAGUUUGCAUACUCCUCCAGUGAUGGGCUGAUCUACAUACGGCAGUUCAGCCCUGUGGGCCGGGAGAUGAGGUUGGUCAGUGUGCUGCAGGGGCACCAAGCUGACAUCACCGCCAUCGUAUGGCACCACCUGAGCGACAAGUGGAUCAGCGGCUCUGAGGAUGGCACUAUCCGGAUAUGGAGUGCAGAUGGUAUUCAGUGUGAGCACACCCUAGUUACCAAUGGGGCGGUCACUUGUCUUAGUGUUGACUCGCUCAAUGGCUGCAUCAUUGCUGGAGUCCACAAUGUAUUAAGGGUAUAUGACCCAGAGUCAUAUUUACUAGUUCAAAGAAAUGCUGGGCACACCGAUUCCAUCCGCUCUGUGCUGCACAUCCCAGAAAGGAAGCAGUAUGUGACAGCUUCCUCAGACAUGACUAUACGGAUGUGGAAUUCUUACACCAUGCUACCUCCAAACACCCAGCAGAGCUGAGCAACGAGCAGCACAAGAGAUAUCCUGUUCUGCAUUGCAGCCCAGCCUUCACGAGCAGCACAAGAGAUAUCCCGUUCUGCAUUGCAGCCCAGCCUCCAUGAGCAGCACAAGAGAUAUCCCGUUCUGCAUUGCAGCCCAGCCUUCACGAGCAGCACAAGAGAUAUCCCGUUCUGCAUUGCAGCCCAGCCUUCACGAGCAGCACAAGAGAUAUCCCGUUCUGCAUUGCAGCCCAGCCUUCACGAGCAGCACAAGAGAUAUCCCGUUCUGCAUUGCAGCCCAGCCUUCACGAGCAGCACAAGAGAUAUCCCGUUCUGCAUUGCAGCCCAGCCUCCAUGAGCAGCACAAGAGAUAUCCUGUUCUGCAUUGCAGCCCAGCCUUCACGAGCAGCACAAGAGAUAUCCUGUUCUGCAUUGCAGCCCAGCCUUCACGAGCAGCACAAGAGAUAUCCUGUUCUGCAUUGCAGACCAGCCGCCAUGAGCAACACAAGAGAUAUCCUGUUCUGCAUUGCAGCCCAGCAUUCACGAGCAGCACAAGAGAUAUCCUGUUCUGCAUUGCAGCCCAGCCUUCACGAGCAGCACAAGAGAUAUCCUGUUCUGCAUUGCAGCCCAGCCUUCACGAGCAGCACAAGAGAUAUCCUGUUCUGCAUUGCAGCCCAGCCUUCACGAGCAGCACAAGAGAUAUCCUGUUCUGCAUUGCAGACCAGCCGCCAUGAGCAACACAAGAGAUAUCCUGUUCUGCAUUGCAGCCCAGCAUUCACGAGCAGCACAAGAGAUAUCCUGUUCUGCAUUGCAGACCAGCCGCCAUGAGCAACACAAGAGAUAUCCUGUUCUGCAUUGCAGACCAGCCUUCACGAGCAGCACAAGAGAUAUCCCGUUCUGCAUUGCAGCCCAGCCUUCACGAGCAGCACAAGAGAUAUCCUGUUCUGCAUUGCAGCACAGCCUUCACGAGCAGCACAAGAGAUAUCCUGUUCUGCAUUGCAGCACAGCCUUCACGAGCAGCACAAGAGAUAUCCUGUUCUGCAUUGCAGUCCAGCCUCCAUGAGCAGCACAAGAGAUAUCCUGUUCUGCAUUGCAGCCCAGCCUUUUUGAGCUCAAGACUCAUGUGCCAAGAUAAAACUGUAUUUUUAGGGGCACUUUUUAAAUGUAACUGUUACUAACUUGCUUUAACAAGUUGUUACAUUUUUAUUGAAGUUAAUUGACUUACAUUAAUGAAUUUACAAGAAAUGUAAAAGGUCUGCAGAAAAUGCAAUAAUCCCACACUUCAGGAUUGUCAAUCAUAAAAUGUAAAAGAAAGGGAGCAACAAUUGAGUUUGAAAGAAAAUACAAAAAAAAACAAUACUACAAAUAUAUAUAUAUAUAUAUAUAUAUAUAUAUAUAUAUAUAUAUAUAUAUAUAUAUA